AAAAAAAUAUAAAAUAUAUUUUGGUCCUCCUUCCUUCUUCUAUCGUCUUUGCCUUCCUUCAUCGUGUUAGGGUUUGCAGAGUUUCAAUUUACUCUCACCAGCAUAUCGCGGUUCCUUCGUAUUUAUGUUUUAAUAACUCGCGAAAUCCCACUCUAUAGCACGAUAUCUCGUUCCUUCAAUACUUAUUUUGAAGAUUCCCCUGAUUUUUUCUGGGACACAAUUUUUUGCUCCUUCCUUUAUUUUCGAAUAGUUUCCUCAGUGAAAAGCAAAGAAAAUAUCUGAAGCUUAUUGGAAUCAGGAGUUUGGAGAUGCCUCGAGAUUUGUCGCGAUCGCGAUCGCCACCCUAUAGGCGAAGGCAUUCACCAUCUCCUGUGGGACACAGGUAUAGCAGGAGGAGCAGAAGAGACAGAAGCAGAUCUCCUUAUUCAUCCUACUCUUACAGCAGGCGUAAAAGUCGCUCUAUUUCACCAAGAGGUCACAGAAGUCCUUCUACAACUCCAAGACGUCGUAGAAGCCGAUCUCCGUCUGCUAAACGAUACAGAAGACAUAGAAGUAGGAGUUCUUCACGGUCUCCUACUCAUAAAUCUUCCAGUUCAAGUCUUGGGUCAGUAGAGCACAAAACUGCCACUGAAAAACUAAAGAAAGAAGAAGAAAAGAAAAGGCGUCAACUAGAAGCAGAGUUGAAAUUAAUAGAAGAAGAGACUGCAAAGAGAGUUGAAGAAGCAAUUCGUAAGAGAGUCGAAGAAAGCUUGAAUUCUGAGGAGGUUCAGGUGGAGAUUCAAAGGCGGUUGGAUGAGGGACGGAAGAGACUUAAUGCUGAAGUUGCAGCUCAACUUGAAAAAGAAAAAGAAGCUGCCCUUAUUGAGGCUAAACAGAAAGAGGAGCAAGCCCGUAAAGAGAGAGAAGAUCUUGAAAGGAUGCUUGAGGAGAACCGGCGGAAGAUUGAAGAAGCUCAGAGAAGAGAAGCUUUAGAGCAGCAAAGAAGGGAGGAGGAACGAUAUAAAGAGCUGGAAGAGAUACAGAGACAGAAGGAAGAAGCCAUGCGAAGGAAGAAACAGGAGGAGGAGCAAGAACGUUUAAACCAAAUAAAGUUGUUGGGUAAAAACAAAUCCCGACCUAAAUUGUCAUUUGCUCUUGGAUCCAAAUGACUGUGGAGCAACCCGUGUCUAUUGAUUUGUUCUAAAGUGUGUUUUGGGCCCAAUUUCCUAUUUCGUCUGUAUCAUGAGGAAAUUUCACAGCCUAGUGUGACAGCGUUGCUAUUGUUUCUAGUUUGUAUUAGAUUUCAUUGUUUAUCAUAGUCUCUUUUUUAACGAUA